GUGGACACAAACAGAGCGACAACUCAUACAGACCUGAUCCUAAGGGCGCACCAGAAGGGGGUUCGACACCGACUGAUACACAACGCGUCGAUUAUCAACGCUUGCGGUGCUUCUGGUCUUCAGUUGUAUAACUUCGGGGAAAUCGUUUCGAUUCCCUUUUGGACCGACAGUUGGAAACCAAACAGUUUUUUCGAUAAAAUCUGCUCUAAUCUAAAGUCCGGUUUACACACACUCUGUCUCUUAGAUAUUAAAGUGAAGGAACAGUCGAUGGAAGCUAUGAUGAAAGGGAAGGUAGUGUACGAACCGCCCCGUUAUAUGAGCGCCAAUAUUGCAUCGAAACAAUUGUUAGAAAUCAUUCAAUCAAAACCUGUCGAUAGUUUUCCGAGUGAUUUAAUAAAUGAGAAUUCAGUGAUAAUAGCGUUGGCGAGGAUUGGAUGCGACGACCAGACUAUAAAGACGUGUCAAUUGAGGCAUAUGUUGGACAUAGAUAUGGGACAACCGCUUCACUCACUGAUAAUACCCGGAAAACUACAUCCCAUUGAAACAGAAAUGAUGGCAAUCUUUGCCCACAGUGUUUGACCAACAAAUAAAGUGAUAGUUAUAUAUAAUUUCAUUGAUAAAUACAAUGUUAUUAUU